AUGACAACCAGAGAGCUCAUUCUCUACCUAGAACCUACACCGACUUCACCAUUACGAAGUCGCGUCCAAAAAUUUCUUGACGAUGCCAGGGCAGACUUUUAUCCAACCACUGCUUGCAAAUACGAAUGCCAUUGCACAAUGACUGGUUUUUUCACAGUACCAGGCGAAGAAUCACAAGUACAGCGUGUCACUGAUACGUUAGAUCGACUAUUACAUAGCAAUAGCGGCAACCGCGACGGUAUAAGCAAUUCGCCCACAAUUGAAACGACACCACUCCUUGUGAAGAAACCGAGAACAUUUGUCACGGAAUUGGAAGGAGCAACGAGAAUUGAAGAUUAUCCAGUCCACCUUUUAUUACCAGUCUCAGCACCCAGUCGUCUCCACGACGUUGUACGUGAUUUUGCAUUAGAGUACUCUAUCGUACGUCCAAAAGCCAUUAAUCAUAUCAGCCUUGCUUAUUGGGACGAACCACAUGCGACAAAUGAUCAAACAUUAGAAUGGCACCGGCUGGUCCUGCACGAGCGUCUGAUGGACCGUAUGUAUGAGACUGCACUCAACGCGUUUAAAGAUAUAAGUAAUACCGCUGAUUAUACCGAGUGGGAUAUCGUCUUGUACGAGCGAACGUGCAAGGGCAUUGACGUUGGUAGCCGACAUCGAUUUUUGGAACAUGCACGGUGGUCAGCAUCUUCUUUUUCUCGCUCCUAA